AAAUCCAGUUCGGUUUUUCCACUCUGCUCCCGGCCACCUUAUCCGUAGCACUAUGUGUUUCUGUGUGAGAGAAGCCGACUCUUGUUUACAGCAGAGAAUCCACGGAGGAGCGGAGACCCACAGCCUGCUUAACCGAGGGCGAACCGUAGGAUUUCAGCCUCUGGAUAUUACGCGCAACGGGAGUUUUUCUUUUCUCUCUCUCUCUUUUUUUAUGAGGAUAAAAGCAAACACAAGAAACACUCUUAAAGGGCAACUCCUUGGACAUAUUCUCCCUCCCACCCUAGCCGAGGUCGUCUAGCUGGAGAGCUGGAGACCCAUUCUGUUGCGUGGCACAAGUCUGGUAUUUUCUUUCAGCUGCAAAUCCCGACUGACGGCAAAGAUAAGUCCGAUCGGAGGAGCUGGAAAAUUGGUUUGAAUAACGACUUCUCUCUCCGGGACAGGACUGCUUGGUGGAGAUCGGAAGCUUGUGCUGGCUGAAUGGCAUAGGCAAAAAAGGGUUUUUCAUUCAUUUUUCACCCUCGCAGCCACCACCCCUGUGGAUCUGGACGCGUCCCCCCCCCCCCUUCUCCUCCUCCUACUCUUCCUCCUCCUCCUCCUCCCCUCACACACAGUCAUUCACACGGGGGAUUCUUGCGAGCGACACUGGCGUUCAUUUAUUAUGGUGGUAUUCCUGUAGGCCACUAAUAAUAACAUCUAGUCUGUUAUUUUUAUUAUCAUUACCAGGCCCGAUCGCACUGUGCGCGCACUGCUGUUUUCAAGAGAUGGAGACUGAAGAUGGGGAUUACCAUCAUUUAUCCAGUAAAAUCACUGGCUUGUGUGCCAUACCAGCCGACGUCAAAGUAUCUUGUGAUUGGCAAAAAUAGCAAACUGUUUUUCUCCUUCUUCAAAGGAAUUCCCUGUUUUAGUUUUCAUACACUUAUAUUUAUAAAUAUUUUUAGAGAAAGCCCUGGUAGACAAGCAGCCACGCAUUUGCAGGCUACCAGAGAGUAGCCUUUUUUGGGCUACAGACGCAUUUAUUUUUCCUUUUUUUCAUAUUAACGCUCUAUUUUUUUAAGAGCCGGUUUCCACAACCUCAUUAUAUUAUUUCAUUUUUUGUCCUUGCCUUUUGAUUUUUUUUUUAAAGAGGUGAAUAAUGUUCAGGAACAUGAGAUCUGACAAACCCAUGGGUAGCCCGACCUUGUUUUGGGGUCUGAUGCUGUCUGUCUCCAUCUGCAUAUGGUCCACAUAUGGAGAGGUCUGUGGUCCGAGUAUCGACAUCAGAAAUGAGAUUAGCGAGUUCAAGCGGCUGGAGAACUGCACGGUGGUGGAGGGCUACCUGCAGAUCCUCCUCAUCAAUGACAAGACCAACAACAUCCACCAGGAGGUCUUCCGCUCCCUCAGCUUCCCAAAGCUGACCGUAAUCACCGACUACCUGCUGCUGUUUCGUGUUUCGGGCCUGGACAGCCUCAGUGUGCUCUUCCCAAACCUGAGUGUCAUCCGCGGGCGCAAUCUCUUCUACAACUACGCCCUGGUGAUCUACGAGAUGACCAGCCUGAAGGAUAUCGGCCUGUACAACCUGAGGAACAUCACCCGGGGAGCCAUCCGGAUUGAAAAGAACCCUGAGCUCUGCUACCUGGACUCAGUGGACUGGUCUCUUAUUAUGGAUUCUGAGUUCAACAACAAUAUUAUCAGUGGGAAUAAGAAGGCCAAGGAGUGUGACAACCUUUGCCCGGGCAUCAUGGAGGAUAACCCUCUGUGUCGACAGACAACGUUCAGUAACAAACAAGAGUAUCGCUGCUGGACCUCCAACCAGUGUCAGAAAGUAUGUCCAGAACACUGCAAGCAUGCCUGCACAGACAAGGGGGAGUGUUGCCACAGCCAGUGCCUGGGCAGCUGCACUGAACCCAACAACGACAUGGCCUGCUCUGCCUGCCUCCACUACGACCACGACGAUCACUGUGUACCAGACUGUCCCACAGACACUUACAAGUUUGAGGGCUGGCGCUGUAUCACCCUGGAGGCGUGCUCUCAAGUGCACCUGACUGACGACCCUCACUUUGUCAUCCAUGGGGGAGAAUGUAUGCCCGACUGCCCCUCCGGUUUCACACGCAACGAGACUAAUCGUAUGUUAUGCAAUGCCUGCAAUGGCCUGUGUGAUAAGGUCUGCUCGUCCCUUGUCAUCGACUCUGUGGAUGCUGCUCAGUCCCUGAAGGACUGCACUGUCAUCUCAGGCAAUCUGGACAUCAACAUCCGCCAUGGAAAUAACAUAGCGUCUGAGCUGGAGAGCUUCAUGGGAUUGAUCCAGACAGUGACGGGCUAUGUGAGGAUUCGACACUCCCACGCACUUGGCUCGCUGUCCUUCCUCAAGAGCCUGCGUUACAUCAAUGGGGAGGAGCUCAUGGACAAGAUGUACUCAUUCUCCGCCAUCAACAACCAGCACCUGCAGUACCUGUGGGACUGGAGUCAGCACAACCUGACUAUUCGGACUGGACGUCUCUUCUUUAGUCUGAACCCCAAACUCUGCAUGUCUGAGAUCCAUAUGAUGUGGGAAAAGACAGGCAUAACAGUGAAGCCAGAGGAGGGUGAUUUCCGCAACAAUGGUGAAAGAGCCAGCUGUGAAAGCCAUAUCUUGAAGUUCUUGUCUAACACCACAACAAGCUAUACGAUCAAGCUGACAUGGGAGCGCUUCUGGCCGCCAAAGUACAAAGACCUUAUCAGCUUCGUAGUCUACUACAAGGAGGCCCCUUUCCAGAACAUCACAGAGUUUGAUGGCCAGGAUGGCUGUGGCUCAAACAGCUGGCACAUGGUGGAUGUGGAUCAGCCUCAGGAUAAAAACACUGAACCAAGUGUCAUGCUUCAACACCUCAAGCCAUGGACCCAGUAUGCCAUUUUUGUGAGGGCAAUUACCUUUCAGGUGGAGGACAAACACAUUUCUGGCGCCAAAAGUGAUAUAAUCUACAUCCGGACCCGCCCAUCGAUGCCGACUAUGCCCAAAGACCCCCGUGCCUACGCCAACUCCUCAACCAAGCUGGUGGUGAAGUGGUCACCUCCAGUCUUUCCCAACGGCAAUUUGACCUACUACCUGGUCCGCUGGCAGCAGCAGCCUGAGGACAGGGAGCUCUACCAACAUAACUACUGCUCCAAAGAGCUGAAGGUCCCGAUGCGAUUCCCAGCAACAGGAUUCACAGACAUGGAAGAGAACACCAAGCCCACCAAGUCAGACCUGUCAGGGGUAGAGAAGGGCCCAUGCUGUGUUUGCCCGAAGACACCUGAGGAGAAGGACCGGGAGAAGGACGACCGCGUCUUUCUAAAAGUUUUCGAGAACUUCCUUCACAAUGCCAUCUUUCUGCCAAGACCUCCAGACCGUCGACGUAGAGACCUUUUUGGUGUGGCUAACAACACUCUGCUGCACGAGGGUGCUGGUAGGGGGAACACCACUUUUGGCCCAGUGGACAACAGUACAGAUGGCAUACCUCCUAUCAGGGAGUUCCCCUUUUCAGAGGACAAGAGCACGACAGAAAACUUAGAGAUCCCCAACCUGCGGCCCUUCACUGUCUACCGUAUUGACAUCCAUGCCUGCAAUGAGGAGGUGGGGCGCUGUAGCGCUGGAGGCUUUGUCUUCUCCAGGACCAAACCUGCAAGCAAAGCAGAUGACAUUCCUGGAAAAGUAAUCUAUGAGAACGACAAGGUUGAGGGUUGUGUGGUGUUACACUGGCCAGAGCCCAUCAUGCCCAAUGGACUCAUCCUGACGUAUGAGAUCAAGUUCCGUCUGGGAAAUGAGCCUGAAAAACAGGAGUGUGUGUCGCGUCAUCAGUACCGUGAGCACAGAGGAGCUCGGCUGACCAACCUGGGCUCAGGGAACUACUCUGCCUGUGUGCGUGCCAUUUCUCUAGCAGGGAACGGCUCCUGGACGGAGAGCGUGACCUUCCGCGUACCUCCGCCCAAACAAGAAGAUGUUGCAUUAUACUUGGUCAUCAUAAUUCCCAUCAUAGUGACGCUUUUCAUUGCUGGACUUAUCACACUUUUCUUCUUUGUUAACAAAAAGAGGAAUAGCGACAGAUUGGGGAAUGGAGUCCUUUAUGCUUCAGUCAACCCAGAGUACUUCAGUGCUGCUGAGAUGUACGUCCCGGAUGAGUGGGAGGUGGCAAGGGAGAAGAUCACCAUGCACAGGGAACUGGGCCAGGGCUCUUUCGGCAUGGUGUACGAAGGCAUCGCCAAGGGAGUGGUCAAGGACGAACCUGACACGCGAGUGGCCAUCAAGACAGUCAAUGAGUCAGCCAGCAUGAGGGAGCGCAUUGAGUUUUUGAACGAGGCCUCUGUCAUGAAGGAGUUCAACUGUCACCAUGUGGUGCGGCUGCUGGGCGUGGUCUCUCAGGGACAGCCAACCUUGGUGAUUAUGGAGCUGAUGACCCGUGGAGAUCUUAAGAGCCACCUGCGCUCUCUCCGCAAAGAAAACGCCACCAGCCAGGUCCUACCCCCGCUAAAAAAGAUGAUCCAAAUGGCAGGGGAAAUCGCCGACGGCAUGGCGUACCUAAAUGCCAACAAAUUUGUCCACAGAGAUCUGGCUGCUAGGAACUGCAUGGUAGCAGAGGACUUCACUGUAAAGAUUGGAGAUUUUGGCAUGACCAGAGAUAUUUAUGAGACGGAUUACUACCGAAAAGGAGGGAAGGGCCUGCUGCCUGUCCGUUGGAUGUCUCCAGAGUCACUGAAAGAUGGCGUGUUCACUACGAUGUCUGAUGUCUGGUCAUUUGGUGUUGUGCUGUGGGAGAUCGCCACCUUAGCGGAACAGCCCUAUCAGGGUAUGUCCAACGAACAAGUGCUGCGCUUUGUCAUGGAGGGAGGACUCCUGGACAAACCUGACAACUGCCCUGACAUGCUAUUUGAGCUAAUGAGGAUGUGCUGGCAGUACAACCCCAAGAUGCGUCCGUCCUUCCUGGAGAUCAUCAGCAGCAUCAACGAUGAACUGGAUCCUCCCUUCAGGGAAUUGAGCUUCUUCUACAGUGAGGAGAACAAGCCGCCGGACACUGAGGAGCUGGACAUGGAGGUAGAAAACAUGGAGAACAUUCCACUGGACCCUGCAUCCACUAGGCAGCCCUCUGCUGCCGUUGCCCCCUCGUCAGGGUGCACAGGAGGCACGCCGCCUCCUACACAGCAGUUAUCCCCCAUGCAAGGCCCUAGUACUCCAUUGCUGGGACCUGUGUCUCCCUCCUCCCCGGGCCCAGUUGCCUCAGCGUCUCCAGGCCAAGCCUUGGACAAGCACUCAGGACAUGUUUCGGCCAACGGGCCUGUGGUGGUGCUGCAGCCCAACUUUGACGAGAUGCAACCCUAUGCACACAUGAACGGGGGCAGAAAGAACGAACGGGCGUUACCACUGCCCCAGUCGUCGGCCUGCUGAUAUCAGCCCCCUGUGGCCAGACCAGCCCUUCCUCCUCUUACACAGGGUAACACAAACCUCUCCUCCAUCUCUUAAGGAGGGAUGGGUGAGGUAAGAAAUGACAUUCUUCUACUGUGUGCCAGUAGAUGGUCUCUCCACUCCUUUAAGGUCAAACAUAAACUCUAAAAACUGAAGAAUAGCACAGAAACCUGCUAAAGCAUUUGGAGUUUUGGUGGCUCAGACUCAACACUGGGGAACUCCUUCCUGUGCAGCCUGUAUUGCAUCUUUGUUACAUAAGUCCUUCAAGAAGGACAUCAAUACAGGCAUUUAUCCUGACUUACAGAUUUAGGAAGACAUGAACUUUUUUUUUAGCAUAUCUGCCAGCAAAUCCAACAGAAGAGCACUUUUUUCCUGAAGAUUUCAGAGAGGAUGUUGUGAAUAUCCGAGUGUGUAUUUAUACGAACACAUCAUUCUCUCUAUAAUAUGGUUAUAGCUCCAUUUCUAAAAUGACUUUCCAUCAAAAGACUCUCUCUCCAUGAGCAGGCUGGCUCAUGUCAUGUGAGGAUGCCUCAAUUAAACAUUUUGGACUGAGAUCAUUGUUGAUAUUUCUGUGGUUGUAGAUCCCGUCAGGAGUGUGUCAAAAUGGAAGAGGAGGGCCUAUUGUGUAUCUGCCAAACUAUUGCCAAAUCAAGCUUUUUCUCCAAUUUCAUACAGGUCUGCCCUUAUUGUUUAAGGCUGUGGUUCAGAGUUGGAGUAGAAGUCUGUUUCCGGGGAAUGAUAUCAAUAUUAAUUGGUGGUAUUCAGACUUCAUGCUUCUCUGCUGUGUGUUUGUGUGGAGUUAUAACAGGACAGAUUACAGCGUUUCUGUUGAGAUGUGCUGCAUUUACACCUGCAGUCAAAGUUCUCUCAGAAUAUGCUGCGUCCGCACUGGAGCUAGAAUAAAUCUACUUUGAAGACAAAACUACAUUUCCAUCAAGUGUAUUACAUAUAUGGCAGAGUAGCCAGCAUAAAAGUAGGUUGAGUUGAAAUGCAAGCAAACACCUCUUUCAUCAGAUUUGAAGUUUUCAAAUCACCUGACACAAUAUCAGUAUGAAUUCAUGUUAGGAAGAUUUCUUUGAACAACUGGAUUCUUAACUGAUUAUAACCAUUGUAAGUUAUUAAAUGCUAAAGUAGAGGCUGACUAAAAGAUUCUUAUGUAUACAAAUCUACCAAGUUAAAAAUUGUAUUUUUGUCAUAAAGCCUAAUUUUUUUGUGAGUCAUGAUCCAUUGUGUGGAUAUGAUGCAUAAAGGAUAACAGAUUAUAAAUAGGUAUAAAUAUAAAAGGUCUUGGGGGUUUAUCAAAAGAAACAUUUUCAAAUGUAAUUUUUUAAUAAAAGGUGAAACAAUUAGUCAAUUAAUCAAUUAGUCUUUCUAAAGAAAAUGUAAAUAUUUUUCAAACAAAAAUGACAAAAUUUCACUGGCUCCAGUUUCUCAAAUUGGAGGAUUUAUGUGAUGGUGAACUGGAUAUGUUUGGGUUUUUGACUAUUUGUCAAACAAAAUAAGCGACUUGAAGACGAAGAAGAAUCACUUUGUGCUCUGGGAAAUUGUGCUGCUCUUUACUAUUUUCUGACAUUUUAUAGACCAAACAAUUAACCAGUCACUUAUUUUGUAAAAUAAUCUAUUCAGACCUGAGCAUAAAGAACGUUCCUCUUCAUUCAUCUGAUUUUAUCUGAGCAAAGUACAUGUGACUUAAGUCCACCAACUCUGAAUCACAGCCUUAGUCUGUCUUUGUAAUACAAAAACAUCAUAAAUCUCACACUGCAAAUCACUGAACUUCACAAUCAAGGGAUACAACUUUGCCUCCACUUUCAUUCUAUUCAACCCUUAUCUGUCAUUUACUGAGUGUGCAUUUCACACGAGAGGUGAACAACGUUUGCUGACAGCGCUGUUCAACUCAAACGGCACCAAACACACAACCACCAACAGAAUCUAAGACCUGAGAUAGAAAACGAGAAGGCGUUGGAUUGGUAAAGAUUUUAGUAGCCUAGAGACGACUUUGAAGACACAGCUGGUCUCUUUUAGAAUAGUCAUUUGUUUCUCUACAUUUCAAACACAUAUAAAGGUCUUACAGUUGUAUUUUAGACUGCAGGAUCGUUUUUAUACACAUCAUUGGUUUGUCACUUUUUUAAACCUUUUUACGGUUCAAAAUGUUUGCCUCUAUGUCUGUACAGAACAAAGCUGCUAUUUUAUUCUUUUUCUCUUUUGGAUGUUACAGUAUAUAUAUAAAGAAAUCCUUCAGGUUUGGUAUUUUAUGGUCUCCACUACAGUCCAUUUCUUAUAUCCUCAAAUUCUGUUAAAAAAUAAAGAAAACAACAAAAAAUAAGAUGACUUAGAUAUAAAACUGUUUUUUUUCUGUUACCCCAGAAGGUUUUCUGUAACACUACAUUUUGUUCAUUGCCUUUUAUUUUUAUGAAAAGUUUCCUUCUGUAUUUGUUUUGUGGAUGUCUAUAUUAUUAUUAUUAUUAUUAUUAAUAUUAUUAUUAUUUGGAAUGGACACCUUAGCUCGAUGUGUGAGCGUGUACUUUCUGCACCCUUUUUGUACUUGUUGUCUAGCACUGCGCCUAGCAUUGCCCUCUAGGUGCGACUCAAUCUCAGGUCAAAGUAAAGGCUUUGCUUUCUCCACACAUUCUCAUGAUCGUCCUCUACUUGUCUCACCUUGUACCUCCUUCCCCCUCCUCUGCCUCCUCCCCCCAUCAUGCUUUGUUGAAUCCAAUAGUGCCCUCUCUCCUUCCCUCUGGUCCCCCUCACUGACCUCUACAGCAAACUGUACCUGUUUUCCCCCCUCUGUGCCUCCUUUUUGAAGUCAGGAUUAGUUCCAGUACACGAGAUAUUUACUUCAUACCAGAUCUGGUAUUUUAACCCAUCCAUUUCCUGCCUCCUCUUGAAUUAGUAGGGCUAAUUGGGUUGUCUUGUUUGCCUUAAUUAUGCCAACCAUCUCUCACCCAUCUGAAUUUUUUUUUCUUUUUUAUUAUUACUUCAACACUCUCAAGCGCAAUACUACACCACUUCUGCUAAUGUUGACAUGUUACUUCUUCAAAGUGAGAACAGGUCUUAUCUGUUUGUCUUCAUAAUCACUGCUUCUGAAAACCAAAUAAAGGAUGGGUUAAAGUCCAGGGAAGGGAACACAUUUCAAUGUUAUGAAUAGGAAAAGGUCUUAAAAAAUGGAGGCUGAAUAGUGAAAAGUGUUUUGAAGGAUUUCUCCUCAUCUUUUGGAAAUGUUGCUUGGUGAUUAUUAUUAUUUUUCCUUUCUUUAAGUUUUUUUUUCUGUAGGAGUGUUAUUUAUUUAUUUUUUUAUUUUCCUUUUGUGAUAUCAGUUUAAAUCACUGUAUAAAUGCCCCAUGAUUCAGUAUAAAGUUGGAUUUUUUUGUAUGUAUUUUCUUUGGUGUCAUGACUGGGGGACUUAAAAAACUUUUUUUUUUCUUUCAAGUAUAUAUCUACCUCACUCUUUUUAAAUAUAUGUAUGCGUAUGGAAAACAAAUACAUCUCACUCUUUCUCAUCAGCUUGUACCGAAACCUCAUCAUCUGGAUGAAAUCCACAGGGUUCUAGAUAAACCUCACAAAAGCAGACUAGGACAAGAGAUGGAAUCUCUGUGUGGAGGUUCAGCCCACCGAUUUAUGGCCCUGUGAUUUACAAAAAGUACGUUUAUACCUCUGAGAAUACAAAUGAAAGAUCUGUGUGUUAUAAUAGAGGCCUUCGGUACAAGUGUGGUCUCGUUUUCUGCAGAAUCGGUUUAAAUUAUCUGACUAUUUAUGCGAGAAAAGAUUGCAUAAUUAUGACAACUUACAUUUUAUGUUGACAGGAUAGUUUGCAGUGUUUUGUGGCUCAGAGCAGGUGCAGUACAGUCAGUGUGUGGGAAUGAAGCCGGGGCACAAAUCCAACAUCAGACAUUCCAUCUCUGCUGACUCCCAACAUGUUGUCACAACCUCAAAUCCUCAGCAGACAGAAACCUUCAUAGUCUCAUCUAAAAAUGCAUUUAUAUAGAAACCUAACAAUUAUCAUGGGGAAUAUUUAAAAAAGGGAAAAUGUUUUAUUGACCUCCAAAAAUCAUUGUAGGGGUUUUUUUGCCGUUUACCUGCAGCCUGUAAUACUGCAAGGUUACAGCACCACUCCUUCAUUUCAACAACUUAAGUUUAUUCCAAACAUCCAGAAGUCAUUCAAAAAUACAUUUAGUUCUGUUUAUGGAUCAUUAAUGUGAAUGUAACAUGGAUAUUUCUGUACUUUCUACACAAAACCCUCAUAGAGAUAGCAUUAACUCCACCUCUUGCGUGUUUCUACUCUCAGUAGAAACUCCUAAAUAGACUAUUUUAAAGAUUUGUCAGUCAGUGUUGGAAUCAAAGCAGCAGAAGAAACCUUGCUCUUGUCACAAGGAUGAUUAGAAUUGAUCUUUUUUUUUUACCCCAUAAACUCACUGUGGUUAUAUAAAUACCAUCAUCUCUCCUGUCCACGUCUACCUGCUGAAUGCCACCAUGUUACAGCUCUAGUGAUAGCUCAUUUCCACUACCAUCAGGGUGAAUCUCUUUGUGAUUUUCUUGUCGUUUUGAAUCACUCGUAAGUAAGCUCUACUUACAAUAAUGCUGCUGGUUCAAAGAGUCGCCUCAGUGGAUCUUAUACUGUCAUCAAAAAUGUUGAGUGUAAAGGUGGAAAAAGUGAUUUUUUUUUUUACAUCUUGAAGCUUCUAAUAAGACCUCAUUUCUACUUUUUACUAACAGAGGCUACAUGGAGAGCGCUGUCUUGAUGCAUGGGCUCCUUGGCUGGAGAUUAAAACUGAAAAAUUCUGCAAAUAAUUUGAUAAUUACAUGUUGAAAUGAUUUCAAAAGCAAUAAAAAAAAUGUGAUUAUGAAUAGGCCACUGGGUAACUUCUAAUGUGAAAUUUGGGUGCUCAAUCAAGGUUCUUCGCAAGCGUUUUAUCGGUGCAUGAGUUAAGAGUAUAACAAUGGAAGUACACAUCUUUUGGUUGAAAAACGAGUCAGAUUGCUGCUGAAAAUCACUGACAGGCAAACAGCUUAUGUAGUUACUUAACAUAUCUGUGCAUUUCUUUUUUUUUUCCAGUUUGAAUGUAUGUAAUGAUACAAACAUUUAUGAUAUAUUUCAGCUGUCAGAGUAGACACUACAUUGACUUGUUUUGAGGUGAAUUACUAGUUACCAUUAGAUCACAAACCUGUCAAAACAGCAUUUAAAAUAAACACAUGGACAUAUAUAGGACAGGGAUGUUGCCUAGAUUACGGGUAGUCAUUGUUAAGAGUAAACAACACGACUAGAAAAAGAUGAUAGGCUUGAGUUUACAGCUUCACACUAUUAGCUUUGUUUUUUUUUUGUGUUACCAGAUUUCCAGCAUAAAUAUACAAUAACUUACUGAAACGGAGUCAAUGCAGUCGUCAUUAUCAUUUUAAUUCUUCGGAAUGUUCUUCAUGUGAACGUCAGGAUAAUGAGGUUCACAUGAAGAACUGCAAUAACAAGUUUGAGGUUUAUCAUUAUCAUGCCGCUGUUUUUAUGAUUUGCAUUCCUAUAACUUCAGAAGGGGGCCUUGGUCUACUACUAUUAUUUUUAUUUACUUUCACAAAAUCUCUGUGUUCAUUACCUGAUUGGGGAAAGAAAUAAUCAAAAAAACAUUCACUUCACUCUUGUCUUCUUUCAAGUUCUGUAUCUGAGGCCUCAAAGUUUUUUCACACCUAUAGCUGAGAUGGUGUAUUUUUUGACAUGCCAUCUCCAAAUGUGUAUCUGAGAAUUUCUUGUAUUUUCUUUUUUUUCUGAACUUUUGAAUAAAUAAAUGAAUGAGAA